AUGGUGGCAAAAUUUCAAGUGAUUUAAACCUCAAACUCAACUUUUUGUAUUUUAUUGCAAGGAAUAAAAAUAACACAAGGGUCCUGUUCAAGUCAAAUAAGCAGCCAUCCCAACUAAUUUCUUGAAAAAGAAUUCCAAGAUAUCUACCUACCAUGAUUUAUUGAUUAAUUUGAUGUGAUUGUCUUUGGUAGGAAAUGUAUAUUUUAAUGGCCACUCCUCAAUCAACUAUAUAUUGAUCUGCUUUUUAGCAAUUAAUUAGCUUAAUAAUUAAACAAAAGUUCUGAAUCUUGGUUAUAAUUCUUUAAUCUUUUCUUUAUAUCUUUUGGUUUGUUUCUGCACAUCUGCCCUGACACUCAUCAGUCAUCACACUUAGUAACAUGAUCAAGAAUGUUUUAUUCCUUUUAAUUUAAUUAAUUCCGGUUAGUAAGACAGAAGAUCGAGUUUCAUGAGUUGUAAGAAUGGAGGUGAAGAACGAGAAGCUUUUAAGAUUUUCUUCUACUGGGAGGCGCAAGUUAGCACCCACUCCUUUAAAUUCCAACACCAAAUGCAAGAUUAUAAAUUCCCUCAAAUUCGAUGAUCGAAAACCGUGGCGCAAGCAUAUACUCGACCCGGGUAGUGAAAUCGUGCUGAACUGGAACAGGGUUUUCAUAGUCACUUGUCUAAUGGCACUAUUCAUCGACCCGUUGUACUUUUACUUGCCGAGUAUAGGACGAAAAGACGGUUCUUGGUGUUCGAAAACGGAUUUGAACUUGCGAAUCGUCGUCACGUUUUUCCGCACCAUCGCGGAUAUUUUCUACCUAUUGCACGUUUUCGUUAAAUUUAGGACAGCUUACGUUGCACCUAGCUCGCGGGUUUUCGGUAGGGGCGAGCUUGUAAUGGAUCCCGAUAAAAUUUCUCGAAGAUAUAUAAGAUCCGAUUUCUUCAUCGAUUUAGUUGCCACAUUACCCCUGCCUCAGAUUGUGAUUUGGUUCAUUAUACCGGAGUUACGAAACCACCGAACGAAUCAGAAUAACAAUGCACUUGCUCUGAUUGUACUAUUCCAGUAUAUUCCAAGAUUAUACCUCAUUUUCCCGUUGAGUUCGCAAAUUAUAAAAGCAACGGGGGUUGUCACCAAAACUGCUUGGGCGGGUGCUGCCUACAAUUUAGUUCUCUACAUGCUCGCAAGCCAUGUAUUGGGUGCAGCAUGGUACGUACUGUCGAUCGAUCGCUACUUGUCUUGCUUGAAAUCGGCAUGUAAGAAAGAAGAAAUCCCUACGAAAUGUUUGCACGAAUAUUUGAAUUGCGGUUUUUCCGGAACUGGACAAUACAGUAAUUGGAUCAACACUACGAAUGUGUUCAAAAGUUGUGAUCCUAACGAAGAUAUUACAUUCCAAUUUGGGAUAUUCGGAAAUGCCGUCGCGAAACAAGUCGUCUCUUCGAGUUUUGUCCGAAAGUACUUCUAUUGCCUGUGGUGGGGCCUACAGAACUUAAGUUCGUACGGGCAGAAUUUGUCAACGAGCACAUUUAUCGAAGAAACGUCUUUUGCGAUUCUCAUCGCAAUCUUGGGUCUUGUUUUGUUUGCACAUCUUAUUGGAAAUAUGCAGACAUACUUGCAGUCACUAACGAUGAGACUUGAGGAAUGGAGACUCAAACGAAGAGACACGGAGGAGUGGAUGAGGCACCGUCAACUUCCGGAAGAUUUGAGAACGCGCGUUAGGCGUUUUGUUCAAUAUAAAUGGCUCGCAACUCGAGGAGUAAACGAAGAAGCUAUUUUGAAUGGUUUGCCUGCUGAUCUAAGUCGUGAUAUUCAACGCCACCUUUGCUUGGACCUUGUCCGACGAGUCCCGUUUUUCUCGCAAAUGGACGACCAAUUACUCGACGCAAUAUGCGAGCGUCUCGUUUCUACACUGAGCACCGAGGGGACCUACAUCGUGCGCGAGGGCGACCCCAUAACGGAGAUGCUCUUUGUGAUCCGAGGCCGUCUCGAGAGCUCCACCACAAACGGUGGUCGAACGGGCUUCUUCAACUCCAUAACCCUAAGGCCCGGAGAUUUCUGCGGGGAGGAGCUACUCGCGUGGGCCCUCCUCCCCAAAUCGGCCCUCAAUUUCCCAUCGUCAACAAGGACCGUCGUAGCCCUCGGCGAAGUCGAAGCUUUCGCACUGCGGGCCGAAGAUCUCAAGUUCGUGGCCAACCAAUUUAGGCGGCUCCAUAGCAAAAAACUGCAGCACACGUUUCGAUUCUACUCCCACCAUUGGAGGACGUGGGCCGCUUGCUUUGUACAAGCCGCGUGGCGGAGGUACAAGAGGAGAAAGAUGGCUAGGGAUCUCGCGAGAAUCGAGUCCUAUGCCGAAGAGGGAACUACGGUUGCCCCCUCGACGGUGAAAUCGGAUUUAGGGGUUGCGAUCUUGGCUUCGAGAUUCGCGACGAAUACGAGAAGGGGGAUUCAGAAGAUUAAAGAUGUGGGCUUGCCGAAACUUCCGAAGCCCGAGGAGCCCGAUUUUUCGGUCGAGCCCGAUGAUUAGUUUAUCAAGAAAAAAAAAAAGUAGUAUGGUCUUUAGUAAGAUGGAUGCAUAUAAGACCAUAGACAUUUUGUAUAAUUAAGUAGUUUGGUUUGCCAUAUUUACUAGUGUUUAAGAUUAGCAUGUGUUCCAUAUGGUGGAACUGAGCCCUCUGGUUAAGUUUUAGUUGCUACUUUUUGAGUUCUUAUUUGGCAAGUGUACAAAGAUUAUUGCCCAAUCUAACAGUGACAAGUGUCUUUUGUUUA